AUGCAGAAGGAUGACGAUGUGAAGGCGCUGAUGGGCGUGCUACCCCCUGAGCUCGGGUUCCAAGUACUAGAGCUGGUGGUGGGUCAGGGAAGCGACCUCAGUUGGGCGCUUGGAGGCCAGGGCGGAGGGAUGCGUCGUGGCAUUAAGCUGUGGCCUCCUGCUGGGGACACUUCGAAGCACGGCGAAAUCAAUGAUUCCUUGCUGCUGAGCGAAAAGGACGUUCGUGAUAUAGAUGUGGAAGGACCAGGCUACGCGAUUAAAGAGGGCUUGCUGGGCGACUCUGCCUUGCGAUUGCUACGCGACGAGGUUGGUAAGAUCUUCGAGGACGGCCAUCUGCAGCCUGCAGCCAUGGUCUCCCAGGACCAGCGCCGCUGGGCUGUUCCUGGUGCCCGUGAUGUGGCUAGACAUGGCGAGCCUUGA